UUGAAGCGCGUGUAAAAAGUGUAACUACUCUCUCAUUGCUGUACAUCUCCGUCUUGCUUUUGUUCUAAUCUCUUACCUGGAAAUUAACAUGACGACGUUUGAACUCCUCCCUGUUGACUUUAUAAAAGCGGUGAGACGUCUCCCUGAACGAGUCGAAAUCUUCUGCAGAGACAUCGAACUUUUUCUCAGCUUCAGCCGAGCUCACAUUUUGACAACGCAGCGGAAAGACGAGAUAGGAAACGGUCACUACUACAACCAGAUAUGGAUGUCCGGCUCCUCAUUUGACAAAGAAAUGUCAGAGAUAUAAAAACAUAGAGGGUGAAGUAAACACAAAAGUGAUGUUGACGGAAACGGUGAGGCAAAUGUACAGCGCAUGCGCAGCGAUCGGUAGGCGCUGAAACAGAAAGUAUAAAUACCAGUCACAAGGACAGGGGGUAGCCUAAAAUAAACACAUACAUUAAUAAAUUAUACAAUUACAUAAUACCUUGUAUCCAAUUGGAGAUGUGUAAAUGACUAACAGUAAUUACCCCAAAACCAUUUUUUAAAUAGUAUAAAAUCAUGCAGAAAUUUGGUCUCCACCAUUAGCAUUUAAAUCUACGUAAUGCCACAGGUGUUUCAGAAUAACGUUAAAUGUAAUUUUGUAUUUUAAGUGGUACUUUUGAAUGUAUUUUUAAUCUCAUUAUCUCAUAUAUCUACAAUUGCGUAAUAUCAUGAGUUUAAAAUGAAUGCAAACAUAAUUUUAAAAAUAUAUUUUAAUCUCAUGUAUCUUGAAUUAUAUGAAUUUCACAAUUUGAAAUUAAUUUGGAUAUGUUUAGAAAACAUAGAAUAGAACAUAUAAUUCAAAUUAAAUAAAAACGAGUAAUGAGGAGAAAAUUCAAAUGUAUACCAAUAAAGUGUCCCUCUUUUUUAGGAACAGGUACCACUGUGACACACACACAGACAGACAGACACGCAUACACACACACAUGCAUACACACACACACACACACACACACACACACACACACACACACACACACACACACACACACACACACACACACACACACACACACACAAUACACUCACAGUUAAAAAAAAAAAAGAAAAUGCCCUGCAGCUGUUACUGUGCCUGAGAGUAACCACUGCAGUCUGUACCAGGCAACCAGUCAGUUCUCUGGGAGAAAGGUAGUCUACUCUCGUGCUUUUUUUACAGUAGCAUCUGAUCCUGCAUACUCAUAACGAAAGCCCCUCUGUUACACGUCGAAGGAAAUGUCAGAGCCAACAGAGGAACUCGUAAACAACUCCUUUGCGGCCCGGUUGUCCAAUGUUUACCUCAGCAUCUUGGCACUGUUCUGCUUUAAGAUCUUCAUUAAGGUAUCUCUUAACUUGCUGACAUACUUCUACAUUGUCCGUGGGAACCGUAAAGAGGCUGCCAGGAUAUCGGCUGAGUUCUAUGAAUAUGGACGACACACAGUAUCCUGGGUGGACCGUUCCCCCCUCCACGAUGCUGCGAGUCAGGGCCGCCUCCUGGCUCUGAGGACUCUCAUUUUACAGGGUCACAAUGUGAAUGCUCUGACUAUAGACCAUGUGACACCCCUUCAUGAGGCCUGUGUUGGAGACCAUGGCGCUUGUGCCAGAGCUCUCAUUGAUGCAGGGGCAAAUGUCAAUGCUUCCACAAUUGAUGGAGUCACACCGCUGUUCAAUGCCUGUACAGUGGGCAGUGUGGCAUGCACUGAAAUUCUUUUGGAAAAUGGAGCAAAACCCCAGAGCCUUAUAUACAAUCCAUCACCAAUCCAUGAAGCUGCAAGCAAAGGUCAUUACGGUUGUGUUGAGGCUCUGGUGACUUGGGGGGCAGAUGUGGACAUGGACAUUCCUCACCUGGGCACAGCGCUCUAUACGGCCUGCGUCUGCCAAGAGCUGGAGUGUGCCAGGAAACUCCUGAGGGAAGGUGCAAGUGUACAGAAAGGCAAAUACCUGGAUUCCCCCUUACAUGCAGCUGCAGAAAAAGACUGCACAGCAGUGGUGAAGCUGCUGCUGGAGUUUGGUGCGGACAUUAAUGCCCGGAACACAGAGUUGCAGAGGCCAGUAGACAUGGCUCCACCCAGCAGUCUAACAGAGGGAUUCCUGCUGAUAUACGAAGCUACGCCUCGACUGCUGGGCCAGAUGUGUCGUCUGUGCAUCAGGAACUGCGUGGGUUGUGACAGACUCCAUCUUCUCUCCAACCUUCCCCUGCCUAACAGACUCAGGAACUACCUGCAGUAUAAAUGACAGGCAGUCAAAAUGGGACUUACAGAACAAAGCCUUUGUCAUUGAGUGCAAAUUAACUCGAUGAACUCUUCCUACCGUUCAUUUUAGCUAUGCGAGUUAAUUAGUCACUGAGUAUCUGGCAGUACCAAGCUAUUUUUGAGCUGGCCUGCAUCCCUUAAGUGAUUGUGAAACUGGAUCAAUGUAAAGCAGGGGGUUAAAAGAGUCCGUGGCUUAACCUUCCCUGGAUAAAUUAUGGUUCAAAAAUAUUAUUUCAAAUGUAGGUUUGCUGUGAAGAUGCCCUAAUAGUUGCAAUAGCUACCAGGGAGUGAUGCACUUUUUAAACUUUACAGGAGAAUAUGAUGUCAGAUAAAGGCAUAAUGUUAUGUGAGUGAGUAUUCAUAGGUAGGCAUUUGAUAUAAAAUGCAUUGCACACUACUAGAAGAUUGAAAUGUUUCUGAAACCUGGUGCAUUCCUAAAUAAAUGAUGUGUUUUA